AGUUAACUGUGAACAGCUCAUUCUCCAUCACAGUUUUCUCCCCGCUUCUUACAUCCUACAUUGCUUUCUCAACUCGCGCCAUGUUGACAGCUUGCCGCCGUUAAAGGCUCGUAACCGACUAAGGUUUGCUGCGUUGAAGGCUCGUCGCGUUGAAAACUCACCGCUAUCGAAGGCUUGUCCGCAUUCUGCCGUCGCCGAAUUGUCAAAGGCUCUACCACCAUCGUCGAAGGUUCAUCGCCGUCGAAGGUUCGCCGCUGUCUCUCUAAUUGAGUUGUGGCAUUGCUACGUAUAGCACCGCACAAGCUGAAAUGCUGCCAUUUCUUUGUUUUGGUAUGUCUCUCUCCCUUUUCAGUGGAAAACCCAUCUGAGUUCACCAAUAAAUCCGGAAAACCCACCAGUACACUAUGCAAGCACUGUGUUCAGAUUGCAGUCUUCAAGUGCCCAGGUUCUCGAUUACUGCAACUCCUCGAAAGUUUGCUUCUUUUGUUUCCACCCUGAGCCCCUCCAAGGCUGGAACUAGGUUGUGUUUGCCUUUUGGUUGUGGGAGGUACAAGCCCAUUACAAGGAGUCUGUGGGAUGGGUUUGAGGUGCAGUGUGCAUCCUCCGAUGGAGAAAGUGGUGAUGAAUUUUACAUGAGAAGAUGUGUGGAGCUUGCAAGGAAGGCUAUUGGGUAUACCAGCCCCAAUCCAUUGGUGGGAUGUGUUAUUGUAAAGAAUGGGAUAGUUGUUGGAGAAGGGUUCCACCCUAAAGCAGGGCGACCGCAUGCUGAGGUGUUUGCUCUGAGAGAUGCUGGUGAUUUGGCACAAAAUGCAACUGCUUAUGUGAGCUUGGAACCUUGUAAUCACUUUGGUAGGACUCCACCUUGUACUGAAGCUCUAAUUAAAGCCAAAGUGAAAAAGGUUGUUGUUGGGAUGGUGGACCCAAAUCCCAUAGUUGCCUUCAAAGGGGUGGAAAGAUUGAGAGAUGCAGGAAUUGAAGUUGUUGUGGGUGUAGAGGAAGAGUUGUGCAAGAGCCUCAACGAGCCUUACAUUCAUCGCAUGUUGACGGGAAAGCCUUUCCUUAGUUUGAGAUAUUCUCUUUCUGCCAAUGGAAACUUUUUGAACUUGCUUGGGAAUGGAGCUGCAGACUGUGGUGGUUACUAUUCAAGGCUAUUACAGGAAUAUGAUGCAGUGGUAAUGUCUUCUUCUUUUUUCACUGAAAACUUUAAAGUACCUGCAUCUCAAGAACCUGGAGCCAACCAACCAAUUCGGAUUGUAAUACAUAAAGAUCCUAGUUCUUUAAAUCAAGUUCUAUCAUCCAUCAAUGACAUCACAAGCAAAAUCAUAAUCUUCACUGAAAAUAAAGCGAGAACAGCUCCAGAAGUGGCUCAACAAGGAAUUGAAACUGUAGCUCUGGAUCAAAUAAAUCUGGAUGUGAUCUUGGAUUAUUGUAAUCGUCAAGGAUUGUGCAGUGUUCUAUUAGAUAUUAGAGGGAGUUUCAGUGAGUUUGAAGUGCUUGUUAUGGAGGCUAUGGAGAAGAACUAUAUUAAUAAAUUUAUCACAGAAAUUUUGCCUGUUUGGAACAAACGUACUGAGCCAGAUCCUCUACAGACAUUGAAGAGCUUAGAGCAAGGAAUGAAAGUGCUAAAUUUGAAGUCGAAGACCUCAGAUCAGAGUGUUAUAAUUGAGGGAUAUUUUAAAUCUGAGUAAAUGGAGCCAUAGGUGCUCACAACUUCCAUUUAUCAAUAUUUCAAUGUCAUGGUAUUUCCAAGGAAUUGUUUGCUGUAGGCUGUUAAUGUGUUUUUCUGGCGGAAACUAGAGGGUAUUGUAACCAAUGAUUUUUGUUUUCA